AUGCAAAUCCCAUCAAAAGACCGGAUCGAGCCUGGCUCCUUCAAUGUCCCCAUAGGCAAAUUUCCCGAGACCUGCUCGGCUACUGCCGUCGACGCCGACAAGGUCGCCUCUGAUGUGGUUUCAAAGCUCAACGUCGCUCUGUCUCAGAAAGAUUUCAAAAGCAUCACUAAUUUAUUUCUGGAGGAAAGCUACUGGCGGGACCAUCUGUGCCUGUCGCUGGAUUACCGCACAGUGAAGGGCAGAGAAAAUAUCAUCUCUUUUCUCAGUGAGAAUCCCCGAAUUGUCAGGCUAGAGCUGGAUAAGUCGUCCGCCUUUCGGGCUCCCCACAUCGGUCCCAUCGAUGCAUUUGGAGAGGUCACCGGCGUCGAGUUCUUUGUGGCCGUCGCUAGCGACAUAGGAACCGGGAAAGGCGUGGUACGUCUGGCGGAGAAGGACGGGGACUGGAAGAUUUUCACGCUCUUCACGUCCCUACAGGAGAUAAACGGGCAUGAAGAGUUGACACACAACCGGAGACCCGUGGGGGUACAGCAUGGUGAACAGCACGAACGGAAGAACUGGCAGGACCGACGGACCUCGGAGAUUAACCUGGAAGAGAAAAAUCCGAAAGUGUUGAUCGUGGGCGCGGGCCAAGCGGGCCUUGCAAUUGCUGCCCGGCUCAAAAUGCUCGAUGUUGACGCCUUAAUCAUCGACGAGAAAGAUCGCGUUGGGGAUAACUGGCGCUCUCGGUACCAUCAACUGGUGCUGCAUGACCCGGUGUGGUUUGACCAUAUGCCGUAUCUCCAGUUUCCGCCCAACUGGCCUAUUUUCACCGCCAAAGACAAACUAGCCGAGUUCUUUGAAUGUUACGCCAAAUUGCUCGAGUUGAACGUGUGGACGAAGACCAAGCUGUUGUCUUCAUCGUGGAGCGACGCAGAUAAUCUGUGGACGAUUGAACUCCAGCGACGGAAGGAAGAUGGGUCCGUUGAGACCCGCACCGUAUACCCGCGCCAUAUUAUCCAGGCCACGGGCCACUCGGGGAAAAAGUACGUCCCAGAGAUCAAGGGGACGGACACGUUCCAGGGGACUCGCAUUUGCCAUAGCUCAGACUUCCCUGGUGCCGAUCCCAAGUCGCAUGGCAAAAAGGCCGUGGUGGUUGGAUCCUGCAACUCGGGACACGACAUCGCGCAGGAUUAUUAUGAGAAAGGAUACAACGUGACCAUGGUGCAGCGCAGCUCGACCUGCGUAGUCUCGUCGUCGUCGAUAACAGACAUCGCUCUGAAGGGAGUGUACGACGAAACUGGCCCGCCUGUCGAGGAUGCCGAUCUAUGGCUGUGGAGCAUCCCAGUGGAACUAUUCAAGGCCCAGCAGGUCAAACUGACGGCGGUACAGAACCAAAAUGACAAGGCGACGUUGGACGGACUGGAGAAGGCGGGAUUCAAGGUCGACCGAGGCCCCGACGAUGCCGGUCUAUUAAUCAAGUACUUCCAGCGUGGCGGGGGGUAUUACAUCGACGUGGGCGCCAGUCAACUCAUCGCGGACGGCAAGAUCAAAGUCAAACAGGGCCAGGAGAUCACCGAAAUCCUGCCGCAUGGGUUGAGAUUCGCUGACGGAUCCGAAUUGGAGGCGGACGAGAUCGUUCUCGCGACGGGGUACCAGAACAUGCGGACGCAGGCGCGGAUCAUCUUCGGCGAUUCGGUGGCCGAUCGGCUUGGAGAUGUGUGGGGACUGAACCAAGAGGGUGAGUUCCGCUCGAUCUGGCAACACAGUGGACAUCCCGGAUUUUGGUUCGUGGGGGGGAAUCUGGCGUUGUGUCGGUAUUAUUCGCGAUUGUUGGCAUUACAGAUCAAGCUGGUUGAAUUGGAUGUGCUCCGCAGGGCGUGA